CCGGAACUUCACUACAGCAUUCCCACGUCUUUCCUCUUCAUUUCAUCCAUGAUAUGUUCAUGCUACGUCCACUCCAUCAUGUUUCACCUAUCUUUGGAGGGCAGAUACGAAUGGCAGCUACAGAUACGGCGCGGGAGAUCCAGUAGAUGAACGAUCCAAGUCACAACCAUCGAAUGAAAAUACCGCAAUCGUGAUCAAACCACUGAGUCGGAACCUCUUUCCAAUUCGCUGCACCUGUACAACACACACUGCUACGCAGUAUAGUACUAGUUAUCUGCCUUUGAUGGAACAGCUUGCAGGAUCCUCUUUGAGAUCGAUAUCACUGUUGGUCGACUUAGCUUCAUUCAAUGCGGUUCUCAUCCUAACGAUAAAGACUUCAUGCUGUCCUUUAGUGGGGUUGGCGAGAACGGAUGCAUAGCAGGCACAGACAAACAUGGUGAGAUGUGAUCAUCUGCCGAGAUCUUCUUGCUCGUCUUGACGACGUAGUGUUAGAUGGUCUAUCGUAAGUUAUGGUUUAUAUCGCGCUGUUCGCUCUUUGCAUAUUCACGUCCAAGUCAUGCGCCAGGGUGAAACACGAGGUCUAACCCUCUACAUCUUGUUGACGGUCACUCUCUUUGCGGUAGCGACAAGCAUGUGGGCCGUAGACGCCACUAGGAGUCUAUUCUGGAAUUCACGUCCGCAGAGACGCGGGAUCUUUUGCCUCUUUACGAUUUGGCACUCAAGGCUAUUACAUAGGAAGGAUCAUCGAAGAACUGGAGAUAUGAACAAGAUCAUCCUUGAAUUAGGACUCCCCUUGUGAUUAUAGUACAUUUAAGCAUCACGAAUGCAGAUUCUCAGUAUCAAACAC